AUGACUAUGUCCCAGCAGCAGACUCAGCAGCACCAGCGACAGCAGCAGCGGCGCCAGGCUAACCUUCGACCCGUCACACCCCCCCUCGCCCCCUCUCCCCCAGCCCAGACACAGACACACCACUCUGCCCUCUCACCCCCAGCCCAGACACAAACACUCCCCCGCGCCCCUCCACCGCUAACCACACCCAGCCAGAGGAAACCACAGAUACAGCACCACAUACCUGAGCCGGAGAGAGAUGUGGACUUUGUCAGUCCAGACCAGCUGGACUCUUUCAAGGACAAGAGAGAGUUCUUCCAGAAGAUUGCUGCCUGUGCUGUCAUUCACUCUGUCAGGUUCUCAGCCAAAGCCAGCAGCCAAACCGCCAAAGCCUCGCCCUGCUCCCACACCCAGGACUUGGCAACGUCCCGGAGGGAGCACCCCCAAACAGACCCUUCCCCGCUCCCCCUCCCCACCUCCAGCACCCAGGACUUGGCAACGUCCCCCGUCUCCUCCUGCCAGAGAACCAGACCGCACCAGCCCCCCUGCCUCGCCGCCCCUCCCAGCACCAGAAUCCGUGACAUUAUUAAACAGUACCAGAACCGCCCUGUCAACGAUCCAAAACCCUUGAAACCAAUCAGGGUUCCAGCACAGCCGUUUGUGAAGAAGAAAGAUCCUAAAGAGGAGGCCCUUUCUAUCCUCAGAAAUAACGGACCUGUACAACAGCAGAAGAGACAGCCUCCCCCUGCACAGCAGCCCUCUCCUCCCUCCACCAGAGGGCUUCACCCCAUUUCCAACCACAUGAAGCAGAAACAGCGCUCCCUUGCCGACCUGUUCGGCACUCAGGGACGCUCCGAGAACCCUCCGCCUGCUCCCCCCGGGUUCGCCCCUCCUCCUCCUCCUCCCCCAGUCCAACACAUCUAUGAGAGCUUGCCAGACCCCCCCACCAAGGCUGCCCCCACACUCAAUCUGCUGUCUGGGGAGGAGAGUGUUCGCUCCCAGCUCCACAGGUUCUCUGCCAGCGUCUACUUCUCCUACUCGGCUAUGCCUGGCAAACUGUUCCUACGCAAAGAGGUGUUUUACCCCAGAGAGAAGUUCAACCACCCUUACAUCCUCAAUCUCCUCUGUGAGCAGAUCAUGAGAGACACGUACUGUGACACCUGUGUGAGGAUCUCCAGAGAGGAGAGGAGGAAAAUGAAGGACCUACUGGCCAGUUUCAAUGUGGGUACAAGUGUCAGUUUGCUCCAGGAUGACACCAUGAAGAAGAGGAUAGUGAUGGCUGCCAGAGACAACUGGGAAAACUACUUCACAAGACUGUUCCCUGUCAAAGGUGAUACCAGCGGGGACACCCAGGUAUUGGGUGUGUCUCAUCGUGGGCUUCGUCUGCUGAAGGUGGCCAGAGCAUCAGGCAUCAACCCCAAACACCUGAUCUUGCUACGCAGCUACAGCUACGCGGAGCUGCUGUCGGUGAAGCUGCGGUCUGCAGACAUGGUAGAAUUCAGUCUGAAAGAAGAACAGCUGCAGCUGCAGAGCAACAGAGCAGCUCAGAUCACUGCCGUGGUCAGGCUGUUCCACCAAGAACUCGUCGAGGGCUCGGAUCAUGUGAUCGCCCUGAAGAGCUUUGAGACGGUCGACAAGAGCCUGCUCAACUUCCGCAAGGGUGGCAUCAUCAAACUGCUGCCCAUAGAUGGCCUCAAACCAGGUUGGUGUUUCGGUUCCAUUGGGGGGCGCUCGGGUCUCUUCCCCACGGACAUCACUCAGCCGUCUGCCCCUCCUGACUACCACCAUGUCCACCUUGACCGCCGCGACGAGAGGAGGAAGAGCAUGAGAGCUCCAACCCCCAGACCCACCUCCCACAACGGCUCAGCACAGCCCAGCCGAGAUGGCUCCGUCCUGGGGUCGGCUCGGUCGGUUCAGGGUAGUGAGAUGAAUGACGUACAGACGUUCCUGAUGACAGAGUUUGCCAUGAAAUACUUCAGAGAUGCUGACACGAGCAUGGAGGGUAGAGAUCUCCUUGAUGGAGGUCGAAACUUCUCAGAGAUGGUUCAGUACACAGAGGUUCCCGUUCGGGAAUCUCUCAUCCUGUACUCUGAUCCUGAUCUUAAUAACCUGGCUGUCCAGGCCUUCAUGAGUGUGAUGCAGUUCAUGGGAGACCAGCCUCUGGGGAAUCACAGGUCUGAGGAAGACUGUGUCAGCCAUGUCUUGAUGCUGGGGAAGGAGAAGGAGUUCCUGAGAGAUGAGAUCUACUGCCAGGUCAUUAAACAGACGACUAACAACACUCACAGGCAGAGCUGUACCCGAGGUUGGCGUUUAUUGAACCUGGUAACAGGGUUCUUCCCCUGUUCUGGCACUCUCAAUCCCUACGUCACACAACUCUUACAAAACAUCAGCCAAGACCCCUCACACCCUUACCAAGAGCUGUCUCAAUACUGUAAGGAGAACCUGUUCCGGUCUCUGAUCCACGGAGGUCGCAGACACGUCCCCUCUCAAGUAGAGAUGGAAGCCAUACUGGCUGGCAGAAGCUCUCGCCGGUUCCCCAUCAAGCUGCCGGGUGGAGUAGACUUCCCCUGUAAGAUACGCAGCUUUAGCGUGGCUCAGGAGGUGGUGGAAGAGCUGUGUACAGAGAUGGGCAUCCAGGACCUGUCAGAAGUCAAUGAGUUCUCUAUCCAUGCCAGCCGGGACCAGGAGGGGAUGACGCGGCCAAUCCACCCUGAUGAGUAUCUGUUUGACUUCCUUUUGGAUGACGGCUCCAUUUUCCUGUCCUUCCACCGCGUCAUGUGGACACACCCCCUUCACUUCGACAAUGACCUGUACCUGGAGUUCCACUUCCAACAGGUCCUGGGUGAUUACCUGGAUGGCAAACUGCUGCUGCCAAGCGGUGGUGCCAAUGUUGUCCAGCAGAUGGCAGAGCUGGCUGUCCUGCAGCAUCUGGCACAGGGUCUUACUCAAGAGCCCUCUGUGCCUGAACUGAAGGAGUACCUCCCCCGACAGGAAGGGGGCAGCACCAACCUGGAGCAGAUCCACUCUAUCUCCCUCAGAGAGAGAACCACCAUGCUGUCCCUCAGCCCCCACGACGCCAAAGCACGCUUACUCGAGUGCCUGAGCUCCCUACCUCUGUUCGGCUCUAAUAUCUUCCUGGCUCAGAAGGUCAGCCAUCGCAGCUGCCCCUCGCCCUGCCUGGUGGCUGUCAACCAAGAGGAAGUGUUGUUCUGCCAUCCCAAAACACAGGAGCGGGCGUUUGUGAUCCCGUUGGUGGAAGUGCAGUCAUUGAGCUUGGUCAAAUCCAAGCAAGACAAGAAGGUGCCAGGAGUGGAGAUCAAAUACGGCAACCCAGGACGCCCAAAAACCAUCACCGUCCACCUCAAGCAGGCCAAGGAGUUGUGCCACAUCAUUGCUGUCAUUAUGGAGAAGCUGGUACAACCACCCAUCAAUAGUUCUGUCUCUAGCCGCAACUAGUAGAUGCACGCACACACACGCACACACAGACGCACACACACACACACACACACACACACACUCUUAGAGAGGGAGCCUGCUGAUACCCUCAGCCUAGAUGUCUCAGGAUCAGCCUAUUGAUUAAUGGGCCUGCACUGAUGAUUAUCAAAACAGAUCAAUGCCUUCAUAUUUUUAUCUACAUCAUUUAGUUAUAAAAAAAUCGACAUAUUACAGCUACUACCAAUGAAUGUCCACAUUUUUUAAUUCCUUUGUACGUGAUUAUAUAACCAAUGUAUCAAUGUGAAGAUUUAUUUGCAAUAAAUGUUUGUGUAAUUUAAGGCCAGGCACCACACCCUCACAGGGUAAUUUUUUUGCAAUUCACUUUUACCAGUUGAAUGCAGACACAAUUAUAUUUUUUUGUAUUACAAUUAUUCUGAAAUAUUUGGUUUAAAUAUGCAAAUGACGCAAUAUCUAAUUAAAUGGCCACAUAUUUGCAUAUCAUGCAAAUCUAAUUUUCUGGACACUGGAUAAAGUCAGUCUAAAUAUUUUGGUUUAAUUUUGUUAAGACCCUCCAUGACCGGACUUGUCCAGAGCAGAUUGUGGAUAAAUACUUGUUAUCUUUCUGUCUGUGAAUUAGUAGACACGCACAUAAAAUUCAUUUUUGGCAUAUUUUUCCAAUUAAAAAUGUUAUCUAGAAUAAAAAAUGUACAACAUACAA